ACAGCACUAGUGUUCCAUAAAAUGGAGAGUGUUACCAAUGUCAUGGAGUACGAGAUCCUAGCAAAGGAGAAACUACCCAAAAUGAUAUACGAUUAUUAUGCCUCGGGUGCAGAGGACCAGUGGACACUCCAAGAGAAUCGAAAUGCUUUCUCUAGGAUUUUGUUUAGGCCCCGCAUUCUUAUAGAUGUAAGCAACAUUGAUACAACCACAAGUGUCUUGGGAUUUAAAGUUUCGAUGCCCAUCAUGGUUGCACCGACUGCAAUGCAGAAAAUGGCUCAUCCUGAAGGAGAAUAUGCAACAGCACGAGCAACAUCAGCUGCUGGCACCAUCAUGACAUUGUCCUCAGGGGCUACUUCCAGUGUAGAAGAGGUCGCUUCAACCGGACCAGGAAUUCGCUUUUUCCAGCUCUAUCGAUUUUGCUCGAUACAUUUACAGAUUGGAAGACCAGUUGUGUUUUCAUUGGCUGUUGAUGGAGAGGUAGGUGUUAGGAAAGUACUUCAGAUGCUUCAUGAUGAGUUUGAACUGACAAUGGCGUUAAGUGGUUGUCGCUCAAUCAAGGAAAUCACUCGUAGUCAUAUCACGACUCCUUGGGAUCCCCCUCGCAUCACACCCCGGUUAUAAGCUGACCUCUCAACUUCAUGCACCCAACUCUAUAUUUAUUCAAAAAUAAAGUUGCCCCCUAUGAGAAUAACCCCUAUGAAAUCUAUUUGCAUUUAGCAAGAGAAGUUUUUAGGCAGUUCUGGGAAAUAUGUAUCUGGCAAAAUGCAGCAUUUGAACUCUUUUUGCUCGCUUGCAUUGAUACUUUAUUUUCAUGUAGGCAACCCGUCAUAGUUAUCAUAUAGAAUUGCAACCAGUGAUGGUGUAAAUUGUAAUAGGUGGCGAGUGGAUGCCGGAAGUUUAUUCUCUUUCA